CUGUCCUGGGGUACAUGUGGUCAGGUCUCAGGCUGGUCAUUUAACCCCCAGAAGAUGGCUGAACCUGCAGGAGUACCAGAGCAAGAAGCUCAUGUCAGAGCAUGGAGUGCGUGUUCAGAGGUUCUUCGUUGCCAGCACUGCUAAGGAGGCUCUGGAGGCAGCCAAGAGACUGAAUGCAAAAGAAAUCGUUCUAAAAGCCCAGAUCUUAGCAGGAGGAAGAGGAAAAGGAGUCUUCAAUAGCGGUUUGAAAGGAGGUGUUCAUUUAACAAAAGACCCUAAAGUGGUGGGACAGCUGGCUCAACAGAUGAUUGGUUAUAAUCUAGCCACGAAGCAAACUCCAAAAGAAGGUGUGAAAGUGAACAAGGUGAUGGUUGCCGAAGCCCUGGACAUUUCUCGAGAAACCUACUUGGCCAUUCUGAUGGACCGGUCGUUCAAUGGUCCCGUGAUAGUGGGCAGCCCCCAGGGGGGCGUUGAUAUUGAAGAAGUGGCGGCUAAAAGCCCAGAACUCAUCUUUAAGGAGCAGAUUGACAUUUUUGAAGGGAUAAAGGACAGCCAGGCCCAGCGGAUGGCAGAAAAUCUAGGCUUCCUUGGGCCUUUGAAACACCAGGCAGCCGACCAGAUUAAAAAGCUGUAUCAUCUCUUCCUGAAGAUUGACGCUACUCAGGUGGAAGUGAACCCCUUUGGUGAAACUCCAGAAGGACAAGUUGUCUGUUUUGAUGCCAAGAUAAACUUUGAUGACAAUGCUGAAUUCCGACAAAAGGAAAUAUUUGCAAUGGACGACAAAUCAGAGAAUGAACCCAUUGAAAAUGAAGCUGCCAGAUAUGAUCUCAAGUACAUAGGACUAGACGGGAAUAUUGCCUGCUUCGUGAAUGGUGCUGGAUUAGCCAUGGCUACUUGUGACAUCAUUUUCCUGAAUGGAGGGAAGCCAGCUAACUUCUUGGACCUUGGAGGUGGUGUAAAGGAAUCCCAAGUCUAUCAAGCAUUCAAACUGCUCACAUCUGAUCCCAAGGUGGAAGCCAUCCUUGUCAAUAUCUUUGGUGGGAUCGUCAACUGUGCCAUCAUUGCCAAUGGGAUCACCAAAGCCUGCCGGGAGCUGGAACUCAAGGUUCCACUGGUAGUCCGGCUUGAAGGAACUAAUGUCCAGGAGGCUCAGAAGAUCCUCAAAAGCAGUGGACUCCCCAUUACACCAGCCAAGGACCUGGAGGAUGCAGCCAAGAAAGCUGUUGCCAGUGUGGCAAAGAAGUGAUAUCUUCCCCGGGCUCCUGUGAAGAAGGGCACUUUCCUCAACACUGUGAAAGCAAUGUUAUCUCACUGGGAAAGGGUCACACACAAGGAUCAUUAUCUGAAAAAAAAUCUUAAGUCUGAACUUUCUCAAAUAAGCUAUCCAGAGUGCCUAAAGCUGAUCUUGCACUGUAGUCAUUGCAAAAAAAAAAAAAUCACAUCUUACAGUUUCACACUUUUUCUUGCCCAGUCAGUAGCAGGGUCUGCCAGCUCUGGGCCACAAUCAGUGUGGCCAAAUAAUGUGCAUAGGUACAGUAUUUGAAGCCUGAUGUAGGUCCAUCCACAAGAACUUUGUGGACAUUUAAUCUUCUGUAAUAGAAAAAUUGCAGGACUCACAAGUUCAGACAGGAUUCUGUUUAACAUAGUGACUUCCAGAAGGACACAUGGAGGAACAGCGGUUUCCACAGGCUCCUAAUUCCAACACUCUUAGAAAGCCCGGGAACGUUCCAAAGUGUGGUUUCUGUUGAGAGUCCCAUAUUAAUACAUGUACAUUGCACACAUUUUACCCUGUGCCUUAAUAUGUUGAAUAUACUGCCUGCCUCACACUAAAUUGCAGCCAGAAGCCUUAGUUACAAGUUUAAAUGAAAGGUUCAGUUUCACGUCAUAGUUGGUGAAUGCUGGUUUUUAUGAAACAGUGAUUAAGCCAUUUCAUUGAGCGGCAAAACCGAAGAUCAGGCUGUGUUGGUGGCGAAGCUUUUCCCUCUCAUCCCCUCCAUUUCACAUCUACCAGCUUGUCAGAGAUGGGAAAUGUCAGUGGAGAGAAGGUGGCCUUUCUAAUAAUGUGCUUUUUUGUGAUGGGAAUUUUCUUAAUUUGAUUUUUUUUGUUUAAUUUUGAUAAAUUUGUAUUGAUAUACAUUUUAAAUAAAUUCAUUUUUCAGUGGUA